GCUCACCUCUCCCUGCUCUUACCUGAAACAGCAUUUUCCUCCUGUGAGACCUGACUAAACUUACCUCUUUACAAAUCUGGAUCUUUCUCUUCCUCUCCUCUGCUUUAUGUGUCUAGAAAUUUCUCACAGCUGCUAACCAUCCCUCCAUCUCUGUCUUCUCUCAGUUUCUUUGUUGUCACCAUGAGUAGUAAACUGUGGACAGAGGAGCAGUUUAACUGCCCCGUGUGCCUGGAUCUCCCCAAUGAUCCAGUCACCAUCCCCUGUGGGCACAGCUACUGCAUGGCCUGCAUCAAGGAUUACUGGAGCAAGGAUGACCCCAAGGGGAUUUACAGCUGCCCCCAAUGCCGACAGACCUUCUGCCCCAAGCCCUCCCUAUCCAGGAACACCAUGCUGGCUGAAGCUGUGGAGCAGCUCCGCAAGGGGGCCCUUAAAUCUGACGUGCGUGAUUCUAUCCGUAGCGCCCGUGGGGUCGCCUCCUCCUCAUCCAGAUCCAAAGGGAAGCUGUCCUCCUCAGCAGUGGUGUGUGACAUGUGCAAGGGAGAACAGCGAGCGGCGGUCAAGAGCUGCCUGGUGUGCAUGAGCUCGUACUGUGAAGCCCACCUGAAGCCUCACCAGACCCAGAAGGCCCUGAAGCAGCACGAACUCAUCGCGCCCACGGGCAAUCUGGCCGAGAAGAUCUGCACCCAGCACAAGUAUCUGCAGGAGUUCUUCUGUCGACAGUGUAAGGUGUUCGUCUGCUGGCUCUGCACCAGCAACCAGCACAAAGGACAUGAGUGUGUGUCCACCAAGGCCGAGCGGCUGGAGAAACAGAAAGCGCUGUCAGAGAUGCAGGCAGAGAAUCAGCAGAGGCUCAAAGACAGAGAGCAGGAGCUCAAAGAUUUGAAGAAGAUGAUGGAUGUGAUGAAGCGUUCUUCAGUCAGGGUUCACGAUGACACGGAGCAGGCGCUCGUAGAGCUGCAGCGGUCAGUGGAGCGCCUGCAGGAGCUUCUGGAGGAGGUGCUGGAUCAGGCCAACCAGGACAAGAUGGGCCAGGCCCAGGAGGUGGCCAACAGCCUGGAGGCCGAGAUCAAGGAGCUGAAGAGGAGGGACAAGGAGAUGAAGGACCUGGCUCGCUGUGAGGACCACAUUCACUACCUGCAGACGUGUGAGUCCAUGUGCAGUCCCUUGGAGUCGGGGGACCUGCCCCCUGUGGUGGUCAACCCAGAAGCUUCCUUUGAGCCUGUACGAGACACUGUCCUGGACCUCAGGGAGAAAGUGGAGGACCUGUGCAACCAGGAGCUGGGCAAGAUCACCAAACAAGUCAAUGACACAACACUGUUCACUCUGGGAGACGCCAAUCGGAACGCAGGACAGAAAACAGGGAUACUUAAAUUGUUUUCUGGUUUGGGUUCCCGCAGCACAAACAGUCGUUCACCAGCUUCUGUACCCAGUAUCUCAGUUGGAUCGCGGAGCACAGACAGACGAGGACUUGGUACUGGCCUCAGAAGUCAAGAUGUGAGGAGCAGAGAUUCACCACGAGACAGAGGAAACACAAACUCCCCCAGACUUCGGGACAGACAGCGGAGAGAGGAAAGAGAGACAGUGAGGGAGACCAACUCCAGAUCCAGCCCCAGACCCAGUCCAACUCCCAGUCGCAGAGAGUCUCAGUCCCUGUGGAGCAGGUCUAGUCAGAACCAGGCACCCAGCCCUACUCCCAGCCGCAGAGAGUCUCAGUCCCUGUGGAGCAGGUCCAGUCAGAACCAGCUGGCUCCUGCUGCAGCCCCAACCCCGACUCCAGCCCCAGCCACCCCAGCUCCUGCUCCAGCUCCAGCUCCUGCACCAGCAUCAACUGGAGGUUUCAGUCGUAUGGCGUCGAUCAGCAGCCUCUUCCGCUCUCAUCGGCGAGGCACCAACCAGGCUACCCCAGCCAACAACACGCCAUCUGCAGGAGCAAACUCAUGGGGGAUGGCUGCUGUCCCUGAAACACCAGUAGAAGUUAACCCAAGUCUCUUCUUGGACUCGCCCACCCCUGACACCAUGAAUCACGCUCCUGCUUUCCCUGCAUUGAGAGAAAUCAGCAUUGACAGCAUCCAGGCCCCAGAGCCAAGGAGCAGAGAGGAGUUCCUUCAGUACUCUGUGAUCUUGACCCUUGAACCCAACACAGCUCACCGACGACUGGUUCUCUCUGAGGGUAACACUAAAGCCACCCUCCAGGGGACAGCGCAGCCCUACCCUGAUACUCCCCAGCGUUUUGACGGCUGGACCCAGGUGAUGUGCCAGAACCCUCUGUCCGCCGAGCGCUGCUACUGGGAGGUGGAGUGGAGAGGCCGGGGCUCCUCUAUGGGCGUAGCCUACGGGGCGUUGACCAGGAAGGGCGCGGACGCCAGGUCAGGGCUCGGUUACAACGCCCAGUCCUGGACCCUGGAGCUGUCGGACACCUGCUGCUCAGCCAUGCACGACAACGAGAAGAGGGACAUACCAGUCACCUACUCCCCCCGUCUGGGCAUCUACCUGGAUCUGUCCGUGGGGACGCUGGCUUUUUACAGCGUGGCAGAGAGCAUGACACACCUGCACACCUUCCGCGCCAACUUCACCCAGCCGCUUUACGCCGCCUUUGGGGUGGGGAGUGGAGUCGGGGUGGGUCUGGACUUUGCCCUCGGCCAGUUCUCGUCAAGCUCUGACAGCAUUAAGAUCUGUCCCAUGUGAGGAUGCAGGCUGGAGGAUGGUGCGACUGGUGGAUAAUACUUCAUUGAUGCCAUCUGAACAACUGACUUCAGUGUCCACUGAUAAAUCUCAUUUGAAACUGUCACACUGACACAAUGACUGAAAGUUUUUGUAAAGUUUGGUUGCACCUGAUCUCUUCUUUCAUAUGUUAAAUGCACUUAGUGAAAGAACAUUUUUUUCUCUAUUAAAAAACAACAUUCCCUUGUUUACAGCCAUGCCAGCAGCAGAUAUCAGUCUGUGAAACAUCUCAGAAUCUGGAUGGAUUUUUUUGUUUGUCAGUGUUGUGUUCAAAUGUAUUUCUGCCUGUUAUUGCAAGUGUAAGUAAAGUACAAGUACUUCAAAAUUUCAUGUAAGUAUAUCUAGUUACUUUAGUUACUUUCCAUCACUCCUUUGGUUUAUAACCAAAUACCUGCAAAACAAAUGAAUAUCCCAUCAGCCCCCUGAUGUACUCCUGUGCUAAUUAAACUAAACUAAAAUGGUGAACCUGGCAAACACCUUUUAGCUCAAAGCACUGCUGUGCUUCAGAGCUGCUAACAUGGCUGCAGACACUCUUGUUUUACUUUACUGGUCAAGAUUUAAAUACAUUUGAAAGCAUGUUCCAGAAAACUAGCUUCACUGUGUGAACUAGCUGAAAGCAGACAUGUGGUCUGUAACAGUUUUAGGGUAAGACCAAAAACUCUGUGUACACAAAUUC